UGCUAAGCCGCUACAGCUGGUGCAUGAGGCGUGCUUUGGUGUAAUGAUAACUGAUUUGUGGAAAGUGUGCAAUACGCAUAAUUUACGGGUUUUCCAUCGAUCAUUGACUCUGUUAAGUGCAGUGUCAAAUAGUGAAAAGCUGUCACGUGUGCUCUGUGAUUAAAAGACGAAACGAAAUCGUCGGUGGUUUCAGCUGUCGCAGAGAUUGUUAGAUCAUCCUGUAAUAAUUUUCACGUGUGCGUAAUGACAACCGGACUUAAUGGACGCUGAAACAGUUUCUUGGCAUCGUAAAAUCAGCGAUCUAGCGCUGAACGUGGAGGAAAAUUUACGGUCCAAACAAGUGAAGUGAGAAAAUUGGAUCUAUGCCAACGAGCGGCUGAUUUAUAUCACGUGACGUGCAAAAGCAAGGAGAGACGAUUAGUCGCCGAAUUAAUCUUGCAUCGCCAAUUCUUUUUUACAUAUUUAUGUGAGUGUUGUGAAGUGCCUUUUUUUUCUCCAUCCUCAUCGUCUCUCGAUUGGAGACCUUCGCGGAGCAUCUGGUGGGCCGGUGUUUUUCGUAUAGGACACACAAGUGAGUGCAGUGUUGAGACGAUAAGUCUGUUCACCCAUCACUUGUCAAGGCAUAAGUCUCUACAUGAAGGUGUUCGCCUCGGUGCAGCCUGAUAGGAUAAUCGUGUCGUUUCAUCAACCGAGAAUUUGACGGUGGGGAUUCUCCGAUCGAACUGCAAACACUACUAGGAAAAAACGAAAUUCGACGAAGAUAAAGAAGAAGAUAAAGAAGAAGAAGAAGAAGUGAAAAGAGCAAUAGACGUCAUCGAUAAGGCGUGCCGGUGGUGCGGGAAAAAUGGACGUCAUAGGAUCCGACCACCAUGGAAUCGGACACGACGUUGAAGCGAUCGGACACGGGAUCGUCGAGGAUUCGGAGUGCCCUGAGGACGACGAGAAUUUUUCGCACAAAAAAACGAUUGGAAUGGUUGGCGAGGUCGGCGCUGGUGGCGACAAGACCAGCAAACCUCCUUUGAGGCGCAGCCUCUUCGCCUACGUGGCGCCAUACGUGGCCUUCCAGCCUUUCGAGACCAAGGGACCGACGUUGCCGGUGGAAAUCGGUCGACACCUGAAGUGGCGUUUGAGCCCAAUAACGCCGUUGCUGGUCCGCAGGACGUUGAUGAACUCGGGGUACCGUAUGGUGCGGAAAUCGCAGGAAUGGUGCGGAAUCUGGGGAAAGCACAUGAAGAGUCUGACCUUUAAGUCACUCCGAGAGUCACAGAAGGUGAACCACUUUCCUGGCACCUUCCAGCUCGGGAGGAAGGAUCGACUGUGGCGGAACCUUAGCAGGAUGAUUAUGAAGCACGGUAAGAAGGAGUUCGGGUUCGUUCCCAGGACCUUCGUGCUCCCGCAGGAACUCCGGGGCCUUAGACAGGCCUGGGAGAAGGCUGCCGGACGCGAAAAGUGGAUCGUCAAACCACCCGCGUCAGCUCGUGGUACUGGGAUUCGCGUCGUUCAUCGCUGGUCUCAGAUCCCGAAGAAGAAGCCCGUCAUUGUCCAGCAGUACCUCUCGAAGCCGAUGCUCAUCGGUGGCGCGAAGUUCGACCUGAGGCUCUACGUCCUCGUGACCAGCUUCAACCCCCUCAGGAUGUACAUUUACCCUGACGGUUUGGUCCGCUUCGCUUCCGAGAAGUACGUCGACGAUUUGAAUUGUCUGAGCAACCGGUUUAUGCACCUUACCAACUACAGCAUCAACAAGGCGAGCGCCACCUACACCAGCAACGACAGUGCGGACUCGUGCACCGGGCACAAGUGGACCAUAAAAACGCUCUGGUCGUACCUCAGAGAAAAGGAGAACGUGGACGUGGACCGUCUCUGGAAAGCGAUGAAGGACAUCGUCGUUAAGACCAUGAUCUCGGCCGAAGCCUCGAUCAAUUCUCUCACUCGGGGGAACGUCGCCUCGAGAUACUGUUGCUACGAGUUAUUCGGAGUGGACAUCCUCCUCGACGAGAACCUGAAGCCGUGGUUACUCGAGGUCAACAUCUCGCCUUCGCUGCAGUCCUCCUCACCGCUGGACAUCGCAGUUAAAGCACCGAUGAUCAGGACCGUAUUCAACAUCGUUGGCUACCAACUUCCGCCGGCGAAGAUGCCUGCCACCGUCCUCGAGGAUUUCGCGAAACGACACAACCUCGACCCCGUCCGCCAGGACUUCCGAGUCCACCACAUCAGCCUCAGUAGCGCAGAGAAGACCAAGCAGAACCUGUUCGCCCACAAGCGCAAGCGGGAGGACUACCUACAGGACAUAAUCGAGGACCUCACACCCGACGAUGUUAGGCAACUGAUCAUCUACGAGGACGAACUCACGCAGCUCGAAUCAUUCGAGAAGAUUUUUCCGACAAAGACCAGUCACGAUUACUUCCAGUUCUUCGACGUUCCGAGGUACUACAACAUGCUAUUCGACGCCUGGGAGGCCAAGUACGCCGAUAACAGGACCGAAGGCAUCGCCAGGCUCCAAAACUUGUGCCUGGCAAAGUACCACUUGACUCAACCGAUGAAAACGGAACCUUAGAUAGAUGAUAGAUAGGUAGGCAAACGCAAUUA